ACGCAGGUUGCUAGGAGACCGCGGCGCUCACUCGGUUACUAAGGAGACCUCUGCUGCCACCUGGCCGGGGGUUUUGGCCUAAAGAUCGAUAGAAUUGAGAAGUAAAAGCCCGGAGAUGGACGCCACGGCGAAGCCGCUGAGGAUUCCCCCUCAAAUGGCCUUGUUUGCCGAGGAGCACCGCAUCUUUGAUGUAAUCCAGAAAAUGGUUCAGAAUCUCCUUAAGGACAAACCAGAAGACCCGAUCCAGUACCUGAUCGAUCACUUACGGAGGGAUAACGAUAACGGGCCAAGAAUUGCUGUUCUGGGCCCCCCUGCCUCAGGAAAACACACCAUGGCGAAGCUGCUGAGCGCGCGUCUGAACGCCACUCACCUCACUCCAGAGAAUCUCUUGUCAAGUGAUGUCUCGGCGCUGGUGCAGGAAGCGCUCUCGUACAAAGCCAAGGACCAGGAAAUCCCAGAUGCGCUGUGGGCCCGACUCAUCCAAGAACGACUGUCAGAAGUGGACUGCGCAAAGCGGGGCUGGGUCAUUGAAGGAUUUCCCCGGAGCAGGGAGCAGGGAUUACUCCUCCAGAUGAAUGGGGCGACUCCGGAUCAUGUAGUGGUCCUGGAAGCUCCGGAUAUUGUCCUGAUUGAGAGGAAUACGGGGAAGAGGAUUGACCCCACAACUGGAGAGGUCUACCACACUACAUUCGAUUGGCCCGAAGACCCAGAAGUGCAAAGGAAUUUAGUAGAACCUGCGGGGAUCUCGGAGGAGGAGACUGGGAAGAGGCUGCUGGAAUAUCACAGGAACAUCCCGGGAAUUCUGCGAACGUUCCCCAAGAUAUACAAGAAGAUCAAUGCAGACCAACCGUGCAUGGACGUCUUCUCACAGGUUCUGACAUUUGUAUUAAGCAAACCGUGGUCUGCGGCCCCUUUCACGCCGCGCAUACUUCUGUACGGACCACCAGGCAGCGGACGGGGCCUCCAAGCCGCGAUGCUGGCACAGAAGUACGACAUCGUCGAAGUUUCCUGCGGUCAAGUCCUUAAGGAAGCCGUGGCCGACCGGACGAAACUCGGACUGCUGAUUGAGCCGUACGUCGAGAACGAACAGCAAGUGCCGGAUAAUCUUGUUCUGAGGACCGUGGGCGACCGCCUCUGCAGACUGGACUGUGCCACCCGGGGCUGGGUGCUACACGGAUUCCCGAGGGAUGCAGAGCAGGCUGCCCUGCUGAACGACGCCGGCUACAUACCCAACAGGGUCUUCUUCCUGGACAUCCCAGACGACGUGGCUAUAGAGCGUCUCUCUCUUCGUAUGACCGAUCCCGUCUCCGGGCACAGGUAUCACGGCCUAUACCAGCCGGCCCCCCGGGUGGAGGUGCACCAGCGUCUUCGGCAGAACCCGGUGGACUCGGAGCAGAAGGUUCAGACGAGGUUAGACAUGUAUCACGCCAGCGCUGAGGAGCUGGAGGAGUUUUAUCAAGACGUCGUUCACAUUAACGCUGAUCAGGACCCGCACACCGUCUUCGAGGUCAUCGAAAGCUGCAUCGUGAAACCCCUACCAAAGCGCGUCCCCGGGGAGUCUCCCUGAUCACUGCCAGCACCCACAGCGCCCUCUGCUGACAUUAGCUGGUGGUGCGUUAUCACACCAGAGGGCGCGCAGCCGCCCACCUGAGACACGCGGGAG